AUGGCCAGCGAGCUCCACGAGACUAUCUUCAUGGCCAAACAGGAGCGCCACAAGAAUCUCUUCCUCAACUACAGGAAUCUCUAUCAUUUCCCUGUAGAGCUGCUUAAAGAUGAAGGUCUGCAGUUCCUGGAGAGGCUCUACAUGAAGAGAAACUCACUCACCAUGCUGCCUGACAAUCUUGCACAGAAGCUACCGAAUCUGAUAGAACUGUAUUUGCACUCCAACAACAUUGUGAUUAUUCCUGAAGCUAUCGGAAACCUAGCCCGUCUGCAGUCAUUGGAUUUGAGCAGCAACGCCCUGCAACUGCUCUGCCCGGAAGUGGGACGACUGCGCUCUCUCAGACACCUCAGAUUGUCCAACAAUCAGCUCAAAAGCCUGCCGCCAGAAAUUGGCAACCUUCAGUUCCUGGAGACUCUGGAUGUCUCUAUGAACCAGCUGGUGUCGCUUCCGGACCGGCUGCACCGCUGCUCAUCCCUGCAACACCUGAGUGCCGACCACAACCUGUUGAGCCGUGUGCCACGCCAUCUCUGCCAACUGGCCCGCCUCACACAGCUCUCAAUGGCAGCUAAUCGACUCACCUUCCUGCCACUAGAUCUCGGACGAUCGCGCGAGCUGCAAUUUGUGUUCGUGGACAGUAAUUUGGACCUUAAGGGCCUACCAUCAUACCUGUACAAUAAGGUCAUCGGAUGCAGCGGGUGCGGCGUGUCCACACAGUCUUGCGAGCCGGGCCAGGAAAGCCAGGAUAAGGUGUUAAGCGAGGCUCUGUCGGGGCUGCUGGCCGAAGUCAAAGUGGUGGCCUCGGAGGCGGACAACGUGGUCCCGCUGGAGGAGCUCGCCAUGAGGACGCUGCACCGCCUCUAUGACCGACAACAACACAACUGCACAGAUGUGAACUUGCCACCUGCAAUCCCCCUGCCAAAGAGUCUCCUGGAGCUUCUGCAGUUCCCACUAGGGCACUGUCACCGCUGCACUCAAGCCAUGUUCACCGUCAUCUACCCCAAACUCUUCCCGAUGAGACACACCGCCUUGGCAGGAGUGCACCGCAGGACCACAGUCAGUUUUGUGGCAUACUGCUGCUCCAGCCAUUGCCUUCGGACGUUUAAUCUACAGAGCUAA